AUGGACCAACAAGAAGAGGACGAUGAGAUGCACAUGCCACGAUGGGACGAUGACAAAAGAUAUCGUUUGAAGUUCAAGGAUCGCUUAUCACGGGAGCAACUUGUCAAUACCGUCGGAGUGGCUUUCUUGAUAAUUGGCAUCUUGACGCUCUUCGUCGCACUGCCCAUCAUCUCGUUUCUCGGGAAGAGUCUGAUACCUUACAUGUACGAGACACCUUUGAACGAGAUGCCAGGUCAUGGUGCAAAGGAACAGCCGUGGGCAAAGGUCAACGACAAUCUUUACCCUCUGCUGCAAAACAUCAGGACGGGACUCGUGGAUCCGGACACACCUUCGUCUGCUAUGACACGGAAAAGCAUUGGUGGCAAGACCAUGGAGCUGGUCUUCAGUGAUGAGUUCAAUGAGAAGAACCGUACCUUCUACCCAGGAGAUGACCCAUAUUGGACCGCUCCUGAUAUCUGGUACGCCGGUACGCAAGAUUUGGAGUGGUAUGAUCCAGAUGCGGUCAACACUGGCGAUGGCACCUUGCAGCUCCAAAUGGACUGGUUUCAGAACCACGGCCUGAACUACCGAUCCGGCAUGCUCAACUCGUGGAACCAGGUCUGCUUCAAGGGAGGUGUAUUCGAAGUUUCCGUCAGCCUUCCGGGUCCUGCAGGUGUGCACGGUCUCUGGCCCGGUGUAUGGACCAUGGGUAAUCUUGGCCGACCCGGCUACAUGGCGACCACCGAUGGCGUCUGGCCAUAUACUUAUGAUACGUGCGAUACUGGUAUCACGCCGAACCAAUCUAUGACCGAUGGAAGCAGCUUCCUUCCAGGACAACGACUCUCGACAUGUACUUGCUCUGGAGAAGAUCACCCAACACCAGGCACCGGCCGCGGCGCACCUGAGAUCGAUAUCAUCGAAGUCAGUGCAGACUGGGGCGGCAAGGGAAUUGGUGUUGCAACACAGUCGUACCAGGUGGCACCUUUCGACGUCUUCUGGUAUCCCAACUACGACUUCAUGGAAACGCCGAAUUAUCAGUACAGCUUCGUCAACACUUAUACCGGCGGGCCUAUGCAGCAAGCUGUCUCGACCACGACCAUGUUGAACAAUGCGUGGUAUGAUGGCAAGCAGUAUCAAAAGUAUUCUUUCGAGUACACUCCCGGUACUGGCGAGGAUGCUGGAAUCGCCUGGUUUGUCGGAGACGAUGAGAUGAUGGCCAUUGACGGUCGAGCGAUUGGACCCAACGGCAACAUCCAAGAUAGGCUCGUCUCAGAAGAGCCCAUGUCGAUCAUCCUCAACCUUGGCAUCUCCAAUGGCUGGACCUGGAUCGAGAACGACAAGCUCAAGUUUCCAGCCGUCAUGCGCAUCGACUAUGUGCGGUGGUACCAGCCAGAAGGGAGCGAGAUGGUGACUUGCGACCCGCCCGGGUACGAGACCACGGAGUACAUUGCCAAUCAUCCGGAGGCUUAUCUCAAUCCGAACUUGACGACCUGGGGUGCAACUGGGUACACAUGGCCGAAGAAUGCUUUGAUGCAUGAUUGUGAGGUAUGA